GAGGUUGCGCGCUGGGACUGGAGGCUGGGGUCCGAAACCCGGUCUUACGUAUGUAACGAUACUGUGAGGAACCGGAAGCCUGGUCUGUUAUGUCAGAGUUUCUCCGUUUUGGGGGUCGAUGGGCCCGACUGGCUGGCCUUCUGGGCGUGCGGAAACUUCCAAAGUCUGCCCAUGUGGUUUCCUCGAACUUCCAGUGUGCGCAGACCCCGGCUUGCUCUUUUGCUGCGAUCCCUUCCCACCAGCCGAGAGUUGUUCCGAGGCGAUCUGCGCAGUCAGCGCUUCCUGUGAGGUUCUGAACUCCCGGUCCCCACGCCUUGCAGCAUCCAUGGAUUUUGGCUCUGGUUCUGUUCCCAUCUUCCCACCUCCUAGAGCCUGUUUGUCAUGUGUAAAAUAGGGUAACUUUAAGGGUACUUCCACUCCCACCCCAGUCAUAGGGUAUUUUACUAUGUACUGUCUCCUCCCCUAUCCCUGUGCAUACGGUCUUGAAGGCAUUCAGUUCUACCUAGUCUUCUUCUUUUAAGUGGGGAUCACCUGGGUCUCAGUCACCCAGCUAUACUUUUUGUUCCUUGCAUAUCCUUUCUGUAAUUGUCUGCACGAUUAACCCACAAGAGGGGUGGACAUUCUGGGUCAAGUGUUAAAAAGUGGUGUUGGGAAUGAUCCAGGGAGCUGCCACCAUGCAUUUGCCUUUGGUGCUUGCCCCCGCAGGGAGUUCUUGGUGCCCCCUCCCUAUACCACUCCCACGAUGCCCCUGUCCCGCUGGUUGAGAUCUGUGGGGGUCUUCCUGCUGCCAGCCCCCUGCUGGGUGCCCAGGGAGAGGUGUCUGGGUUCCCUACGGCGGCCCUCCCUGUUGCACGGGUGCCCAGUCCUGGGGGCCUGGCAUGGUGCCCGCUGCUGGUCCCAAGCGUGGACAGAGGAGCCUGGAGCACUUUGCUCCUCCCUCAGGAUGAAUGGAGAACAGAAAUCAGAUGUUUAUGCCGGAGAAAAGCAGGAUUUCAUCCAGCACUUCUCUGAGAUUGUCAGGAUGCUCACUGAGGAUGAGAUGGGGCACCCAGAGACAGGAGAUGCUAUUGCCCGUCUUAAGGAGGUCCUGGAGUAUAAUGCCAUUGGAGGCAAGUACCAUCGGGGUGUGACAGUGCUGGUAGCAUUUCGGGAGCUGGUGGAACCAAAGAAACAGGAUGCUGAUAGUCUCCAACGGGCCCUGACUGUGGGCUGGUGUGUGGAACUGCUGCAAGCUUUCUUCUUGGUAGCAGAUGACAUCAUGGAUUCAUCUCUCACCCGGCGGGGGAAGAUCUGCUGGUAUCAGAAGCCAGGCAUAGGUCUGGAUGCCGUCAAUGAUGCUAUGCUUCUGGAAGCAUGUAUCUACCGCCUAUUGAAGCUCUACUGCCGGGAACAGCCCUAUUACCUGAACCUGAUUGAGCUCUUCCUGCAGAGUUCAUAUCAGACUGAGAUCGGGCAGACUCUGGACCUUAUCACAGCCCCCCAGGGUAAUGUGGAUCUUGGCAGAUUUACUGAAAAGAGGUACAAAUCUAUUGUAAAGUACAAGACAGCUUUCUACUCCUUCUACCUUCCUGUAGCUGCUGCCAUGUACAUGGCAGGCAUUGAUGGGCAGAAGGAGCACAGUCACGCGAAGAAGAUCCUGCUGGAGAUGGGCGAGUUCUUUCAGAUCCAGGAUGAUUACCUUGAUCUCUUUGGGGACCCAAGUGUGACGGGAAAAGUUGGCACUGACAUCCAGGACAACAAAUGCAGCUGGCUGGUGGUUCAGUGUCUGCAACGGGCCACUCCGGAGCAGCGCCAGAUCUUGCAGGAGAAUUAUGGGCAGAAGGAGGUAGAGAAGGUGGCCCGGGUGAAGGCCCUGUACGAGGAGCUGGGUCUCCCUGCUCUGUUCUUGCAGCACGAGGAGGACAGCUACAGCCGCCUUAUGAGUCUCAUUGAGCAGUUUGCGGCACCCCUGCCCCCGGCCAUCUUCCUGGAGCUAGCACGCAAAAUCUACAAGCGGCAAAAGUGACCAAUACACGGCAAGGAUGGGAGAGGAGGCUCAAUAAAUUAUUGUGUAACCUU